AUGGAGGGCGCGGAGGAGGAGGAGGCGGCGGCGACGGCGGCGGACCCCCGCGCCCGGCUGCUGGGGCGGUGCGUGGUGCGGGGCCUGCGGGUGCCGGCGGAGCGCUGGGAGCGCUGCGCGGGCAGCGCCGAGGCGGCGCCGCUGCUGCGGGCCUUCCUGGCGGGCGCGGCGGGGCCGGCGCUGCUGGCCUGGCGCGGCCCCGCGGGGCAGCUGGCGCUGGGGCCGCCGCCGCCGCCGCCCGCCGCCGCCCGCCCCAAGGCGCUCUGCUUCCUGCGGCGGCCCGGCGCCGGCGAGCUGCUCUGCGGCGACCUGCCCGCCGACGCCCUGCAGCACUUGGCCGCCCUCGUGGAGGAGGUGAUUGUGCCCAUUCUGACAAACCAGAAGAACCAUCAGGGCUGGCCACAAGUGGUGUCACAGGACCUUUUGCGUCAUGUCCACAGCCUAAGAAGUACUGUUUCUGUGGUGGUUGGCUUAGUAAAGGGCAAGACCUUGCUACCUCUUCCAGCUGGCUCAGAAAGAUUUGAGAACAUUGACCUGGAAAACGAGAAAUCCUUGGAGCUGAUAGAUAAAUCUAUUGUUCAUGCCACUGAGUCAGCUGUUAUUGAUUGGAGCUACCAGGUCCAGGGAGUGCUGAAGAGAGAGUCCUCAGAGCCUCUCCUGCAAGGCAGCAACCCCAACCCGAAGGUGGAACUCGAGUUCUGGAGAAACAGAUAUGAUGACCUGGAGUGCAUUUAUAAUCAGCUGACAACGAAGAAGGUCAGGAAUAUGGCAAAAGUGCUAAAGAGAGUCGAGAGUGUCUACUUCCCAGCCUUCAAAGCUAUGCUCACAGAUGUCAAGGCAGCUUUAACUGAAGCCCAGGACAUUAACCUGCACCUGAUGCCUCUCCAGCGCCGCUUGGAAGACAUAGAGAGUGUUGAGUUCAGUGAGGUGAAGCCUUUCCUGGUCCCUCUGCUUCAUGUGGUGUGUUUAAUCUGGGUCACCUCCAGGUUCUACAACAUGCCUGAGCGGAUAAUAGUGCUGCUGCAGGAAAUCUGCAACCUUCUUAUUCAGCAGGCCCUGGUGUUUCUGAGUCCAGAAGACCUUCUGAAAGGGGAUAUGGAAGAAAGCUUAGGCAAAGUGCAGAUGGUGCUUGGUAUCCUGAAUGAGUUCAAAGUGGCAUUUCAAGAGAGAAGGGAUAAUCUUCACACGUACUAUGAACCAGGCCAAGAAGUGAAGGAAUGGGAUUUCUACUCCUCGAUGGUUUUUGCGAGGCUGGACAGCUUCCUGAGGAGACUGCAGACGGUAGAGGAUCUUCUAGCAACUGCCUUGGACUUAAUGAAGCUGGAAAAGAUUGAGUUCAGUGGGAUUAAAGGGAAGGCCCUGAGCCAACAGGUCCUGAACAUCUAUGAAGAAUUCCAGGAGGCAUACAAGGUGUUUGCGGAGCGAACUUACGACUGUCUUGACUUGAACAAUAUGGAAUUUGAGCAAGAUGCCUUUGAUUUCCGGCAGAAAGUAGAAGAUAUGGACCGAAGGCUGGCGACUGUUUUCAUCCAUGCUUUUGAUGAUGCCUCAGGCUUGGAGCAUGCCUUCAAGUUGCUGGACAUGUUUGGGAGCCUUUUGGAACGACCAGUAAUAGCUGCGGAUGCCGCCAACAAAUAUCCUGUCCUCAUCAGCAUGUUUAACAGUGCCUUGGAUGAUGCUAGACUGAUCUACUCCAGACAUAUCCAGGCAGAGCUGGAGCUGGGAUCCCCCCCGGUACACAGGAACAUGCCACUGGUAGCUGGAGCGCUGCGCUGGGCUCAGGAGCUGCAGGCACGAAUCCAGAUGCCAUUUGGUCACUUCAGGCAUAUCACACAUCCCUGCCUGGACUCUACUGAAGGAAGAAGCGUGAUGGAGAAGUACGAAGAAAUGCUUCAGCUACUUAAAGGGUAUCAGGAAAAGCUCUAUGAAGACUGGUCCCAGACAGUCUCUGAAAAAUCACAGUAUAACCUCAUUCAGCCACUCAUCCGACGAGAUCCAGAAACAAAGCUGAUUGCGGUCAAUUUUGAUCCCCAGCUGGUUUCAGUGCUGAGGGAGGUGAGUUACCUGUCUAGAAGCCAGAUGGGAAGCAUUCCACCAACAGCAGCGGAAAUCUAUUCCUCCAAGGAAUUGUACCGGCAGAUGGUGGCAAAUUUGGAGCUGAUGGUGAACAGAUACAACAAGAUCCUGAAGACAGUCCUGGAGGUUGAAUAUCCUCUAAUACAGGGGCAGCUGCAGGAUAUUGACUUGAAACUGAAAGAAGCAGAAGAAACACUGAACUGGAAGAUGGAAGGUGUCUGGGAUCACAUCUCCACAGUGAUGGAUGAUGUUCACAGCCUUGAGCAGAGGAUGCAGAAAGCCAAAGACAAUGUUGAGGAGAUUCAGACCAUCUUAAGGUCAUGGAUGUCACCCAUAUUUGAGAGAAAAGAUGGUAAAAGGGAAUCAUUACUGAGUCUAGAGGACUGUCAGGACCACCUGGAAAAGCGUUACAGCCUCGUCCGAGAGUCAGGGCUGAGGAUUCAUUCGCUGGUGAAGGAAAAUCAGAGCCUCUUUACAGCAGACACUGCAUCUGAUGUCUGGAAGGCCUACGUGGAUUAUGUGGAUGAAAUAGUCUUGGAUGGAUUCUUUACUACCAUUGAGUGCUCACUCAAGUAUCUUCUGGAAAACACAGAUCCUAAGGCAGGACUUGCUCCCCUGUUUGAAGUGCAGCUGGAUUUGAUGAUUCCAGAUUUGGUAUUCCGUCCCUCCCUGGACCCUGGCACAAAUGAUGGCUUCUAUGACAUGAUGGAAAGUCUUCUCAAUGACAUCUACCGGAUCUCAUCACUGAUGCCUAGGCUGGCUGAGCACAGUGGUUUCCCUCAUUAUCAGGCCGACAUGGAGGACAUGGCUGAUCUAGCUGACAUGCGCCAUGACCUGAUGGAGCGCGUGCAGACUGUGAUGGUGGCCUGCUGUGAUUACCGCAAUUCCUUUGACCACUACUCCUACCUCUACGGGGAUGACAGAAAAGAGUCCAUCCGCCAGUUCCUCCUAUAUGGUCACGUCCUCACUGCUGUGGAAAUUGAGACCCACACAGAGGAUGGAGUCCCUGAGACUCCUCCCACACUACAGCAGUUCAGAGAACAGAUUGACUCCUAUGAGAAGAUUUACGAGGAGGUGAACCACAUCGAGCCCAUCAGUGUAUUCCACAGUUGGAUGAAAAUCGAUGCUCGACCUUUUAAGGUAUCCUUGUUGAAUGUAAUUAAAAAGUGGAGCCUGAUGUUUAAACAGCAUCUCAUUGACCAUGUCACACACAGCUUGACUGACCUUGAAGAGUUCAUAAAAAUUGCUGAUAAAGGUUUGAGCAAAAAGGUUGAAAAAGGAGAUUACGAUGGUUUGGUGGAGAUUAUGGGUCACCUGAUGGCUGUUAAAGAAAGGCACAGUGUCACUGAUAAGAUGUUUGAGCCUUUAAAGCAAACCAUUGAACUACUGAAGAUAUAUGAACAACAGCUGCCGGAGGAAGUCCAUAAGCAACUAGAGGAGCUGCCAGAGAAAUGGAACAAUAUAAAGAAGCUGGCAAUAGCUGUGAAACAGCAUGUGGCUCCUUUGCAGGCAAAUGAAAUGACAGUUAUUCGCAAGAGCUGUGCAGCAUUUGAUGUUCAGCAGCAUAAAUUCAGAGAGCAAUUUCGGAAAGAAGCACCAUUCAGGUUUGACACUGAAAAGCCUUAUCAACUGCUGGAUGCAAAGCACAUUGAGAUUAAACAAAUGGAGUCAGCCAUGACCUCGAUUUAUGAAUCAGCUGGUCUGUUUGAAGUCAUGGUUCCAGAUUAUAAGCAACUGAAGCAGUGCAGAAAGGAAAUGUGUCUUCUAAAGGAGCUCUGGGAUAUGAUUUCUGUUGUAAACUCUAGCCUUGGUGCUUGGCAGAACACUAAAUGGGUGGAUAUUAAUGUGGAAAACAUGGAUCUUGAGUGCAAAAAGUUUGCAAGAGAGAUUCGAAAUUUGGAUAAAGAAAUGAGGGCGUGGGACGCUUUUAUUGGGCUGGACAGCAAGGUAAAGAACAUGUUAACAGCCCUGAAAGCAGUGGCAGAACUUCAAAAUCCUGCCAUUAGAGAAAGACAUUGGAAUCAACUGAUGCAGACCAUGGGUGUAAAGUUUGUGAUGGACUCAGACACCACACUAGCUGACCUCUUGAAGCUCAACCUACAUAACUUUGAGGAUGAGGUUCGUGGCAUUGUGGACAAAGCAGUGAAAGAAAUGAGUAUGGAGAAAGUCCUGAAGGAGCUAAAAACAACCUGGAGCAGCAUGGACUUUCAGUAUGAGCCUCACCCCCGGACAAACAUCCCAUUGCUGAAAUCAGAUGAGGAACUCAUUGAAACUUUAGAAGACAACCAGGUGCAGCUGCAGAAUUUAAUGACAUCCAAGUAUAUUGCUUUCUUCCUGGAGGAAGUGUCUGCAUGGCAAAGAAGGCUAUCCACUGCAGACUCUGUCAUUUCUCUCUGGUUUGAAGUGCAGCGUACAUGGUCUCACUUGGAAAGCAUAUUCAUAGGCUCAGAAGAUAUACGGAUGCAGCUUCCCGAGGACUCUAAACGCUUUGAAGUGAUUGACAUCGAUUUUAAAGAACUGGCCUAUGAAGCUCAGAAAACCCCAAGUGUAGUUGAGGCCACCAAUAAACCAGGUCUAUCUGAACACCUGGAGGAUAUUCAGAGCAGAUUAUCUCUUUGUGAGAAAGCUUUAGCUGAAUAUUUGGAUAUGAAGAGGUUGGCUUUUCCCAGAUUUUACUUCAUUUCUUCUGCAGAUUUAUUGGAUAUUCUUUCCAAUGGCACCAACCCACAGCUGGUACAGCGUCAUCUUUCUAAACUCUUUGACAACUUGGCAAAGAUGAAAUUCCAGCUGGACUCUGAGCAAAAGCCAACAAAGAUUGCUCUGGGAAUGUACAGCAAAGAAGAAGAGUAUGUCAACUUUAGUGAGCCCUGUGACUGUAAUGGGCAGGUUGAGAUCUGGCUGAAUCACGUACUAGAUAGCAUGAGGGCUACUGUGAGAGAUGAAAUGACAGAAGCAGUCACAGCUUAUGAGGAGAAGCCCAGGGAACAGUGGCUCUUUGACUAUCCAGCCCAGGUGGCUCUUUCCUGCACCCAGAUUUGGUGGACGACUGAGGUUGAGAUUGCUUUCGCCAGAGUGGAGGAAGGCUAUGAGAAUGCGAUGAAGGAGUAUCACAAGAAGCAAGUGGCCCAGCUGAAUACCCUUGUUACAAUGUUGAUUGGGCAGCUCUCCAAGGGUGACAGGCAGAAAAUCAUGACCAUAUGUACCAUUGACGUGCAUGCUCGGGAUGUGGUGGCGAAGAUGAUAGCUCAGAAGGUGGACAACGCUCAGGCAUUCAUUUGGCUGUCACAGCUCCGGCACAGAUGGGCUGAUGAAGAGCAACACUGUUUUGCCAAUAUCUGCGAUGCCCAGUUCCUGUACUCCUAUGAAUAUCUUGGCAACACCCCUCGGCUUGUGAUCACUCCAUUGACUGAUAGAUGUUACAUUACCUUGACCCAGUCACUACAUUUGACCAUGAGCGGAGCUCCUGCAGGCCCUGCAGGCACCGGCAAGACAGAGACUACUAAAGAUUUGGGACGAGCCCUGGGUAUCAUGGUAUAUGUGUUUAACUGCUCCGAGCAGAUGGACUACAAGUCUUGUGGGAAUAUUUACAAAGGCCUUUCCCAGACGGGAGCCUGGGGCUGUUUUGAUGAAUUUAACAGAAUCUCAGUUGAGGUACUUUCUGUGGUGGCUGUACAGGUGAAGAGUGUGCAGGAUGCUAUACGGGACAAAAAGAAAUCCUUCAAUUUUCUUGGAGAAGACAUUAACUUAGUACCCUCAGUAGGUAUUUUCAUCACCAUGAACCCUGGUUAUGCAGGUCGAACUGAGCUACCUGAGAAUUUAAAAGCUCUUUUCAGGCCAUGUGCGAUGGUUGUGCCAGAUUUUGAGCUGAUCUGUGAAAUUAUGUUGGUGGCUGAGGGUUUCAUUGAGGCCCGUGCACUAGCAAGGAAGUUCAUUACUCUGUACCAGCUCUGCAAAGAGCUCCUGUCCAAACAGGAUCACUAUGACUGGGGCUUACGUGCUAUCAAGUCAGUGCUAGUUGUUGCUGGCUCCCUCAAGCGAGAUGACCCAGAGCGACCCGAAGACCAGGUUCUGAUGCGAUCUCUUCGUGACUUCAACAUCCCAAAGAUUGUGACUGAUGAUAUGCCGGUGUUUAUGGGUCUGAUUGGGGAUCUUUUCCCUGCACUGGAUGUGCCUCGGAAGCGUGAUCUGAAUUUUGAGUCGUUUGUGAAGCAGGCUGUCUUGGACCUCCGGCUGCAGGCAGAAGACAAUUUUGUGCUCAAAGUGGUGCAACUGGAGGAGCUGCUGACAGUCCGACACUCUGUCUUUGUGGUGGGUAAUGCAGGCACAGGCAAAUCUCAGGUGCUGAAAUCCCUGAACAGGACUUACCAGAUAAUGAAGCGCCGUCCUGUCUGGACAGACCUCAACCCCAAGGCAGUCACCAAUGAUGAGCUUUUUGGCAUCAUUAACCCUGCAACAAGGGAAUGGAAAGAUGGACUGUUUUCGUCAAUCAUGCGAGAGCUGGCCAACAUAACACAUGAUGGCCCCAAGUGGAUGGUACUAGAUGGAGAUAUUGAUCCAAUGUGGAUUGAGUCUCUUAAUACUGUGAUGGAUGAUAAUAAGGUGCUGACUCUGGCAAGCAAUGAGAGGAUCCCUCUGAACUCAACAAUGCGACUAGUCUUUGAGAUCAGCCACCUGCGCACGGCCACUCCAGCGACUGUGUCCAGAGCAGGGAUCCUGUACAUCAACCCAGCGGAUCUGGGCUGGAAUCCCCCAGUGAGCAGCUGGAUUGACAGGCGAGAGAUCCAGUCGGAAAGAGCCAACCUGACUAUUUUGUUUGACAAGUAUCUGCCACUUUGCCUGGAUACCCUUAGAACAAGAUUUAAGAAGAUUAUUCCUAUUCCAGAGCAGAGUAUGGUUCAGAUGUUGUGCUAUCUCCUUGAAUGUCUCCUGACAGAGGAGAACACACCUCCUGACUGUCCCAAGGAACUGUAUGAACUUUACUUUGUAUUUGCUGCCAUCUGGGCCUUUGGUGGAUCAAUGUUUCAAGACCAGCUUGUAGACUACAGAGUGGAAUUCAGUAAGUGGUGGGUAACAGAAUUCAAGACUAUCAAGUUUCCCUCUCAGGGAACAGUCUUUGACUUUUACAUUGAUCCAGAAACGAAGAAGUUUGAACCUUGGUCCAAACUUAUUCCCCAGUUUGAAUUUGAUCCAGAAAUACCAUUACAGACUUGUCUGGUGCCUACAACUGAAACGGUCCGCGUGCGGUACUUCGUGGACAGGCUCCUGGAGCACCAGCGGCCAGUGAUGCUGGUGGGGAAUGCAGGCACAGGGAAGUCUGUGCUGCUGGGAGACAAGUUAUCUUCUCUGGACGUGGAUGUGUACAUGGUUAAGAACGUUCCAUUUAACUACUACACCACCUCCGCCAUGCUGCAAGCUGUGCUUGAGAAGCCACUAGAUAAAAAGGCUGGUAGAAACUAUGGCCCUCCUGGUACCAAGAAGCUCAUCUACUUCAUCGAUGAUAUGAACAUGCCUGAAGUGGAUGCCUACGGGACGGUACAGCCCCAUACGCUGAUCAGACAGCACCUGGACUAUGGCCACUGGUACGACAGGACCAAGUUAUCACUGAAGGAGAUCAUGAAUGUGCAGUAUGUGUCGUGCAUGAACCCGACUGCGGGGAGUUUCACCAUCAAUCCACGUUUGCAGCGUCACUUCUGUGUCUUUGCCCUCUCAAUCCCUGGGCAGGAUGCCUUGUCCAGGAUCUACAGCACCAUCUUAAUGCAGCACCUGUCGAUCGGGAAUUUCUCAGGGGUUGUGCAAAAAUCCACUCAGCAGUUGAUCAGCCUGGCCUUGCGCCUGCACGAGAAAGUGGCUGCUACUUUCCUGCCAACGGCCAUCAAAUUCCAUUACAUUUUCAACUUGAGAGACUUCUCCAAUAUCUUCCAAGGCCUUCUCUUUUCCACCCCUGAAUGUCUGAAGCAUCCCCAAGACCUAGUGAAGCUCUACCUGCAUGAGUCGAACCGGGUAUACCGGGAUAAGAUGGUUGAAGAAAAAGAUUAUGUUACCUUUGAUAAAAUGCAGCUGGAGAUGGUGAGGAAAUUCUACGAUGAGAUUGAGGAAACUUUAGAACAGACGAAGCAGAUGAAUAUAUACUGUCAUUUUGCAAAAGGCAUUGGAGAACCCAACUAUAGGCCUGUUCCAAACUGGGAAGAAUUGAAUCAGAUCCUUGUGGAAGCCUUAGAUAAUUACAAUGAAGUCAAUGCAGCCAUGAACCUGGUACUUUUUGAGGACGCCAUGUGCCAUGUUUGCCGCAUCAACCGUAUCCUGGAGUCUCCCAGAGGAAACGCUCUGCUGGUUGGCGUAGGUGGAAGUGGCAAGCAGAGCCUGACAAGACUUGCAGCUUUCAUUAGCUCUCUGGAAGUUUUCCAGAUCACUUUGAGGAAAGGUUAUGGGAUCCCUGACCUUAAGGCAGACCUGGCAAACCAGUACCUGAAAACUGGUGUGAAGAACAUUGGCACUGUGUUCCUGAUGACUGAUGCACAGGUGGCUGAUGAGCGGUUCUUGGUGCUGGUAAAUGACUUGUUAGCAUCAGGUGAAAUCCCUGAUCUCUUCCCCGAUGAUGAAGUUGAAAACAUCAUCAACAGUGUGAGGAACGAAGUCAAGGGUCAGGGGUUGGUCGACUCCCGGGAAACCUGUUGGAAGUUCUUCAUAGAGCGUGUUCAACGACAGCUGAAGGUUGCACUAUGUUUUUCACCUGUUGGUAACAAGCUGAGGGUCCGUAGCAGGAAGUUCCCUGCCAUUGUGAACUGCACAGCGAUAGACUGGUUCCAUGAAUGGCCACAGGAGGCCCUUGAGUCCGUCAGCCUGCGCUUUCUGCAAGAAACAGAGAACAUUGAGAUUUCAGUGAAAGAUUCAAUAAGCAAAUUCAUGGCCUAUGUCCAUACGAGUGUCAAUGAGAUAUCCCGAUUGUAUCUGAGCAACGAACGGCGACACAAUUACACCACUCCCAAGUCAUUCCUUGAGCAAAUCAAGCUCUAUCAAAAUUUGCUAUUGAAAAAGGGCAAGGAUUUAACAGCUAAAAUGGAGCGACUAGAGAACGGCCUGCAGAAGCUCAAUAGCACAUCUGCACAGGUAGAUGAUCUGAAGGCCAAACUGGCAGCCCAAGAAGUGGAGCUGAAGCAGAAAAAUGACGAUGCUGACAAGCUGAUUCAGGUUGUGGGAGUGGAGACAGAAAAAGUGAGCAGGGAGAAGGCAGUCGCGGAUGAGGAGGAACAGAAAGUAGCAUUGAUCACUCAGGAGGUCCAGCAGAAACAAAAGGACUGCGAGGAGGACCUGGCCAAAGCUGAGCCUGCCCUUGCAGCAGCUCAGGAGGCUCUGAACACCCUCAAUAAGAAGAAUCUGACGGAGUUGAGGUCCUUCGGAUCACCACCUUCAGCUGUUAGCAAUGUCACUGCUGCUGUGAUGGUACUGAUGGCCCCAGGAGGAAAGAUUCCCAAGGACAGGAGCUGGAAAGCAGCUAGAGUUGCCAUGGCCAGAGUGGAUGGGUUCUUAGACUCCUUAAUCAAGUUCAAUAAGGAGAAUAUCCAUGAGAACUGUCUCAAAGCCCUUCAGCCGUAUUUGCAAGAUCCCCAAUUUAAACCCGAAUUUGUGACUACCAAGUCCUACGCCGCUGCUGGCCUUUGCUCCUGGGUCAUAAACAUAGUGAAGUUCUACGAGGUGUACUGCGAGGUGGAGCCAAAGCGGCAGGCUCUGAGCAAAGCCAACGCGGAGCUGGCUGCUGCCCAGGACAAGCUGGCCAACAUCAAAGCCAAAAUUGCUCGCCUCAAUGAAAACCUGAGAAAGCUCACAGCCAAGUUUGAGAAGGCCACUUCAGACAAACUCAAAUGUCAGCAAGAAGCUGAAGCUACAGCAUGUACCAUCUCCCUUGCAAAUCGACUAGUUGGAGGACUGGCCUCUGAGAACGUGAGAUGGGCUGAAGCUGUGAAAGACUUCAAACAGCAACAGAGCACCUUGUGUGGAGAUGUCUUACUGAUUACGGCCUUCGUCUCCUACCUGGGAUACUUCACCAAGAAAUAUAGGCAAGAUCUCAUGGAUGGAGUCUGGAAGCCAUAUUUGCAACAGCUGAAAGUCCCAAUCCCUAUAACUCCAUCUUUGGACCCUCUGAUCAUGCUGACAGAUGAUGCUGAUAUAGCAGCUUGGCAGAAUGAGGGCCUACCAGCUGAUCGGAUGUCUACGGAAAAUGCCACCAUUCUCACAAACUGUGAACGUUGGCCCCUCAUGGUUGAUCCCCAGCUACAAGGUAUCAAAUGGAUCAAAACAAAAUAUGGUGAAGAUCUCAGAGUGAUCCGAAUUGGGCAGAAAGGAUAUCUGGAUGCAAUGGAACGAGCCGUUGCUGCAGGAGAAUUGGUCUUGAUUGAAAACUUGGAGGAAUCUGUGGAUCCAGUUUUGGGGCCCUUACUGGGUCGAGAAACAAUCAAGAAAGGAAGAUACAUUAAAAUCGGAGACAAGGAAUGCGACUUCAACCCUGCUUUCCGUCUGAUUCUCCAUACGAAGCUGGCAAACCCCCAUUUUCAGCCUGAGAUGCAGGCACAGUGCACCCUCAUCAACUUCACCGUCACACGAGAUGGCUUGGAAGACCAGCUUCUUGCAGCAGUGGUGAACGUGGAAAGGCCUGAUUUGGAGGAGCUAAAGUCAAAUCUCACAAAGCAGCAGAAUGGAUUCAAAAUAACCUUGAAAACGUUAGAGGACAACUUGCUCUCUCGGCUGUCAUCAGCAUCUGGGAACUUCCUGGGAGACACAGCGUUGGUAGAGAACUUGGAGAUCACUAAACAGACAGCUGCAGAAAUUGAAGAGAAGGUCCAGGAAUCCAAGGUGACAGAAACAAAGAUUAAUGAGGCCAGGGAGCACUACAGGCCUGCAGCAGCGCGGGCCUCUCUGUUGUACUUCACAAUGAACGACCUCCAUGCUAUCCAUCCCAUGUAUCAGUUUUCUCUGAAGGCAUUCAGUGUUGUGUUUCGGAAAGCCAUUGAGAGGGCAUCUCCGGAUGAGAGCCUCCAAGUGCGAGUGCUAAACCUCAUCGACAGCAUUACCUUCUCUGUGUUCCAGUACACGACCCGAGGCCUGUUUGAAAGCGAUAAAUUGACCUACACGGCUCAAGUUACCUUCCAGAUACUUCUGAUGAGUAAAGAAAUCAACACAGCAGAACUGGAUUUUCUCCUAAGAUAUCCAGCACAAACCGGAGUCACAAGCCCUGUGGAGUUCCUAUCUAAUCACUCGUGGGGAGGAAUCAAGACCCUCUCAUCCAUGGAGGAGUUCAGGAACCUGGAUCGGGACAUUGAGGGCUCUGCAAAACGAUGGAAGAAAUUUGUUGAAUCUGAGUGUCCUGAAAAGGAGAAAUUCCCCCAGGAAUGGAAGAACAAGUCAGCUCUGCAACGACUGUGCAUAAUGAGAGCCAUCCGACCUGAUCGUAUGACUUAUGCUGUCAGAGAUUUUGUGGAAGAAAAACUUGGCAAUAAAUAUGUAAUAGGGAGAUCCAUGGAUUUUGCAACAUCCUUUGAGGAAUCAGGACCUGCAACCCCAAUGUUUUUUAUUUUGUCCCCAGGGGUCGACCCACUGAAGGAUGUGGAGAAACAAGGCAGGAAACUUGGUUAUACAUUUGACAACAGGAAUUUCCACAAUGUUUCCCUUGGACAAGGUCAAGAGGUAGUUGCAGAACAAGCUCUAGAUCUGGCUGCAAAGGAGGGUCACUGGGUUAUCCUUCAGAACAUCCACUUGGUGGCCAAAUGGCUGAGUUCCCUGGAGAAAAAGCUUGAACAGCACAGUGAGGGCAGCCACCCAAAUCUCCGCAUUUUCAUCAGUGCAGAGCCUGCACCCUCACCUGACAGCCACAUCAUUCCCCAGGGCAUCCUGGAGAACUCCAUCAAAAUCACCAAUGAGGCCCCAACUGGGAUGCACGCCAACCUGCACAAAGCCCUUGACAACUUCAACCAGGAUACCCUGGAGAUGUGCACCCGGGAGAAUGAAUUCAAGAGCAUCCUGUUUGCUCUCUGCUAUUUCCAUGCUGUGGUGGCAGAAAGGCGCAAGUUUGGCCCCCAAGGCUGGAACCGCUCCUAUCCCUUUAACACUGGAGACCUCACUAUCUCUGUUAAUGUGCUGUAUAAUUACCUAGAGGCCAACUCAAAGGUUCCAUAUGAUGAUUUACGUUACCUCUUUGGUGAGAUUAUGUAUGGAGGUCACAUUACAGAUGACUGGGACAGACGGCUUUGCAAAACCUACUUGGAAGAAUUUAUUAAGCCAGAAAUGCUGGAGGGCGAACUCUUCCUUGCUCCAGGAUUCCCCCUCCCAGGAAAUAUGGACUAUAAUGGUUAUCAUCAGUACAUAGAUGAUGCCUUGCCUCCUGAGUCUCCUUAUCUGUAUGGCCUCCAUCCAAAUGCUGAAAUUGGAUUCCUUACCCAGACCUCAGAGAAGCUCUUCCGCAUCGUCUUGGAGAUGCAGCCUCGGGACAGCAGCAUAGGGGAAGGAGGAGGGGUGACCAGGGAAGAAACGGUGAAAGCUCUUCUGGAUGAGAUGUUAGAGAAACUGAUGGAUGAGUUUAACAUUGCAGAACUGAUGGCAAAGGUGGAGGAGAGGACGCCGUACAUUGUGGUUGCCUUCCAGGAAUGUGAACGCAUGAACAUCCUCACCAAUGAAAUAAAGCGCUCUCUCAAAGAACUGGAUCUGGGGUUGAAGGGAGAACUGACCAUGACAAGUGAUAUGGAGAGCUUACAAAAUGCCCUCUUCUUGGACACAGUGCCUGAGUCCUGGAUAAAGAAGGCGUACCCUUCCAUGGCUAGCCUGGGUGGAUGGUUUGCUGACCUCCUUAGUCGCAUCAAGGAGCUAGACACCUGGACAGGAGAUUUCUCCUUGCCCUCUGCAGUGUGGCUUGCUGGGUUCUUCAAUCCCCAGUCUUUCCUGACAGCCAUCAUGCAGUCCACAGCCCGAAAGAAUGAGUGGCCUUUGGACAAGAUGACCCUGCAGUGUGAUGUGACAAAGAAGAACCGGGAAGAUUUUGCCAGUCCUCCUCGGGAAGGGGCUUAUAUCCACGGUUUGUUCAUGGAAGGUGCACGCUGGGAUGCACAGACUGGGAUAAUCACAGAUGCAAGGCUCAAGGAACUAACUCCAGCCAUGCCUGUCAUUUUCAUCAAAGCCAUUCCUGCUGACAAGCAAGAUAACCGUAUUAUGUACCCAUGUCCUGUCUACAAAACACGUCAAAGAGGGCCAACGUUUGUGUGGACUUUUAACCUUAAAACUAAAGAAAAUCCUUCUAAGUGGGUGCUUGCUGGUGUGGCAUUGUUGCUACAGAUCUAGGCUCACUAGUAGAGGAGUAGGA